GAGUGCAAAUCGGGAGGUUUGUUGUCAUUAUGGUUAACAUUCACGUUUAUGUGAAGCUUUCAAAAUACAACUAAACAUCGACUGGUAUACAAAUCAUAGUGGGGACUGCAUCGGUCCAUUUUAUUCUCGUUAAAAGUCAGUUCUGGUAGUACUUGCAGACCCAUGGUGACCCAUAUGGACCCCACAUCUAAGUCUGGGUUAAAUCAGGUGUCAGAUGUGGUGUUCGUCAUAGAGGGAACUGCAAACCUUGGUCCAUAUUUUGAAUCACUUCGUAAAAAUUACAUACUACCAACAAUAGAGUAUUUUAAUGGAGGACCACCUGCUGAAACAGAUUUUGGAGGAGAUUAUGGUGGUACCCAGUAUGGACUGGUGGUCUUCAACACAGUGGAUUGUGCUCCAGAGUCUUAUGUCCAGUGCCAUGCUCCAACCAGCUCAGCAUUUGAGUUUGUCUCCUGGAUUGACAGCAUUCAAUUCAUGGGAGGUGGAGCAGAGAGCUGCAGUCUUAUAGCUGAGGGUCUUUCUGUGGCCCUGCAGCUGUUUGAUGACUUUAAAAAAAUGAGGGAGCAAAUUGGUCAGACUCACAAGGUUUGUGUAUUGCUGUGUAAUUCUUCUCCAUACUUACUGCCAGCUGUGGAGAGUGUUAGCUACACUGGCUGCACUGCAGACAGCCUGGUCCAGAUCAUACGUGACAGGGGGAUCCAUUUUUCUGUAAUUGCCCCACGGAAACUUCCAGCACUUCGAUCUCUUUUUGAAAGAGCAUCAUCAAUAGCAGGUGCACCAGAAUCUGCACACCCAGAUUAUAGCCAAGACCCUUUUCACAUGGUGUUGGUCAGGGGCAUUGCACUUCCUGUCGCUCCUGGAGGAGGUUCUGCAGUCUCCCUUGCACCUGUUGUGCCACCUCAGUCUCUGCCUGUGGCCCAGCCUCCUCUGGGCGCUGUAGCCCAAGUAACUCCUCCGAUGAGCACAGCCCAUCAAUACCCGAAUAACCCUUCUCUAAAUGCAGCCCAUAGUGCAGCAAUGAAGGUACUAGAUGCUGCCAAUCAGCAGAAGAGAUUCCCACAAAUGCCAACACCCCCCUUCAGCCAAUCGCCAGUUCUUCCUUCAGGAGGUAAACCCAGCCUGUCUACAGUUACCACAGUGUCACCACCAGUCUUAACACAGCUACAAGGUCCAAGCCAGCAGCCACCGCAGCCCCCCCAAGUCCAGACACCAGGCCCACCCACACUUAUUCAGCAACCACCUCAAGCUCCUCAACUGCAGCCCACAGCCAAUCAGCAGACACCACCACCAUCUCAGCCUGGCAUGCCUGCUGUUCCAGCAAUUCAGGCUGGAGCACAGCAAGGGGUUGCCAACAAAAUCGUGGCUUGGAGCGGAGUUCUAGAAUGGCAGGAGAAGCCCAAGGCUUCCUCCAUGGACUCAAACACCAAACUGACACGUUCCCUGCCCUGCCAGGUCCAAGUCAGCCAAGGGGAAAAUCUAAAUACAGACCAUUGGCCACAGAAACUAAUCAUGCAGCUCAUCCCUCAGCAGCUCCUGACUACUCUUGGUCCUCUGUUCAGGAACUCACGUAUGGUGCAAUUUCUUUUCACUAAUAAAGAUGUGGAAUCUUUGAAGGGACUGUAUCGUAUCAUGGCCAAUGGAUUUGCUGGCUGUGUACACUUCCCCCACAGUGCUCCGUGUGAGGUGCGUGUGCUGAUGCUGCUGUACUCAUCUCGGAAGAGGAUCUUCAUGGGACUCAUCCCUAACGACCAGAGCGGAUUCGUCAAUGGCAUUCGGCAGGUCAUCACCAACCACAAACAAGUGCAACAGCACCGUUCUAUGAACAAUGCAUCUCAGAUGCAACCCGGGCAGGUCCCACCCAAUCAGAACUUCCUCAACAGACCACCGGGUCCUAUCCCCGUUACGCACGGCAACAUGCAACAGCAGUCUGUGGUGGUGGGCUUGCCCUCCGUCAGUCAGGUUACACUGAUGCAGGACCAGCAGAGACAAAACAACAUGCUGAGAGCUGCUGCAACAGGCAGUCAGCAGCCACCAGUCACUGGUGCCCCGCCCAAUCAGGUGGCACAAGGCCAAGCCCAGCCUCCUGGUGGCAUGCUCCGCCUCCAAAACCCAGGAGCAAAUCCCCAACUCCGCAGCCUCCUCCUCAGACAACAACAGCCUCAGGGUGGGAUGCAGGGCAUGCAGGGAAUGCACCCCAUCCAACAGAUGGUCCAUUCAGCACCAGGAGGGGGCGCUCAGAUGCAGCCUCAUUGGAGGCAGCCUCACCAAGGUCCACUGAUGAUCCAUACAGGUCCACGAGGUCCAGUCACACAGAAUCCUGGCAUGCCACCAGUUUCCAGUGUCAUGGAGGAUGAAAUUCUUAUGAACCUUAUCUAAGGACUGCUUUACCUAUCUCUCCUUGCUUCAGAGGUUUCAUUACAGAACACAGGGAGUCAUCUUAGCUCUGUUCCUUUUACUUUUGUUAGAAGCAACAGGAUCAAGGAAGAAUAGAGGUAUACGUGUAUUUAUUGAGAUGAGAGCUCUUUUUUCAUUUACACACAAACACCCCUAUCGCUGAAUCCUGUGAGCUGUUCCGUGACUUCGCUAAGGCUCACUCAGUCUGUGGAAAUGCAGGACUGAAGCAUGUUAAAGUUUAAAAAUCAGGCUCUAUUUCAUCACUCUCGAAUGACACGCCUCCUCUUCGCACCCCGAUAAGGUGAAUCUAUCAGGUUAUUAUUGUAUUUUUAUGAAAGUAUUACUUUCUAUAGGUUUUACUUUUCUUACUUUGUCUUUUGACGUCUAGAAUAUGUUGUUUUCUGAAACUGAAAUAAAGUUAAUUUUGUAAAGCAAUUUUUGCAUUAGGUCUUCGGGCACUGUAAAUGUAAAUAUUGAUGGACAGGUAAGGAGGCGGUCCUUGGCUGUUGUUUAAAAAGACUUGAAAUCAGAAGCGUUUACACUGUAAGCCCAGUGUGAUAGAAAGUGUUCUGAUUCCAUGUUUUCGACCACUUUGCUACGUGGUUGAAACGGAUAAAUCUCAAAACGUUUCUGACCCUGUUUACAUCUGUAUUUAACGUCGUCCAGUUUCAAACAGAUCACCCAAAACACUUCUUAAUACUUGGUGUAAACAGGGCCUCUGAUUCUGUAAUGAUCAGAGCAAGCAUUUGUUGGUGUAUGCAUAUGCUUGUGGGUGUGUUAACCUGGUAGUGGUGUGUAAGCAGCCGACAAGUGACUGAAAUAGACUGACUGAUAGCUUGCAGAAUGCUUGAUUCUGCCAAAUGGUGUCACAUUGUUAAAAUUAACCACUCCAAUAUGUCAUGGAACGAUACAGUGGACUCCUGUGCCAAGUAGUCAUACCAGAUGGCAGCUUUGGCCAUGCUUUCCUUGGCAUAUCAUGUAAUCAGGCUGACCACAGAGACACAGUAUGUACAAAUAUAAUGCACAAACACACACACAUGCAUGUACAAUGUUAUAUGCACAUACCUUGCAUCUUUGCUGUCGCAUGCAAUAUUUGCGAAGUAUGCACCAGUUUAAAGUGUCAAGCAUAUACUAUGACUAAACUGAACAAAGAACAAAUUAUUUUGACUUGGAGACACUUUGUUUAAUAGACAUCUUGUGUGCAAAGCAACCCUAACAUUUUUAAUGAAUGAACAUUACUGUCUGAUAAUGCUUAUACUUUGAGCAUCCUGAGGCAUUAAUUAUGAAACAACUUGUGAUUAAUGCAAGACGUAUUACAUUUCUGUCACAUUAGGAAUGAAUGUUCUAAAUCUAUCAUACGUCCAGUGAUUGGCUCAUUUCUUUGUAAUGCACCAGUUGGUGUAAUAGGAACAUGGAACACACAAUCUGAGCUUUUAACAGCUACUAAAAAUUCUGGAGAAUUGCAAAACAGCCUCUAGUCACAGAGCAGCCAACCAUUUUACCAGUACCAGUACAUUUACCAUGCACACACACAUUUUAUAUACAUACUCAUGUAGUUUCACAUAUGCACAUGCAGACCACUUAGUACACAGACACACAUUUUUACACAGACAGGAACUGAUGUUAGUCCCUGUCACCUGGGAGACAGAAACGGUUGCUAAGAUACACUGAAACUGGGAUCUGAAUCUAAGCUUUUUCUCCAUCCCUUCCUCACACACUACGCAUACACAGAUAGAGGCUCUUCUGUCUCACAGUGAUGGCUGCUCAUCCCUUUCGCUGCCAUCCAGGUCACGUCAAAAUCUGAACAACUGUGGGCUACACGCUUGUGCAUUUUAUUUUCCUCCAUCCUUCUUUUUUUUUGGUAUACUGUUUCCCUUUUUCUUUCUUUUCACUCUCUCUUGUCUUUAGUUGUUCCUAUUUCAAGAGAGCUCUAUUUAGAUACUCCUUAGGAUGCACAGACUGUUUGCAAUUAUCACAGUUUGAUGUGUUGAUGCACAUUUUGUGUCUCGUUAUUGUCUAAAUAAAGCAUCAGAGUAGCAUAGCUGAAGCACAGACAGUGAUGACUGAUGCCUCUUCUUCAGUAUAUUAAGCAUAACUUGAUGAGUCGGGCCAUUCUGCUCACUCAUGUGGAAGAGAGAGUAUUGUUGCAGUUCCAGUGGCCGUAUGGCUGCAUUUAAUCUUGCAACGUCUGCUCUAUCGACUUUGAGCUCAGGCCAUGGGAAUAAGUGGGUCACGGAGCCAAAGAGGGUUUGUUUUAGGGGUGAUUGCUUCAAUUGACUUUUGUUUUAAAUGUAAAUCAUUGUGGAAGAGGAAUGGUUCAGGAGUCUUGUUUUACUCUUAGAGAUGUUCAUCUCACAUGGAGAAAGAAAUGGUUACCGAAUGGCACAGUCGCAGAACCUCAGGGCAAAGCCGCUCUCUGGCCUUAAUGGAGGAGUGUAUUGACUGAUGGUCAACGUGCAGGUGCAUUCUCUUGUUUAUCUGCGCAUUGUCCAAGUCUUUUUUGCACACAGCUAGAACAUGGUCAUUCUUGAGUAUGACUGUUAUCUAGGGCAGAGUUUCCCAACCUGGGUAUAGUCAAGUCUAUUUGAUUUUAGUGGAACUGAUUAUGAUUUUAUUCAUAGCCGCACUAAAAUAGCCAACGCUAGAAACAGAGAAAAGGGGCAAAGUAUACUUUUACAGUUUUCCAUGUGCUACUAUGUCUUGCCCACAGUACACGUGGUGUAAAUUAGUCAUCUGGGAUACGCAUGCAUUGAAUGUGUCCGGACGUGCUCGUGGUCAAAAGAGUAUAUUUUGAAAGGCCAGAGCUCUCAACUGUGCAUAAGACAAAAAGGAAUAUAGAAAAAUUAAGUGUACCUUAACCUUAAGGGGCGGUCACACAACAUUUUAAUCAUGCAAAAUUAUACACCGCAACAGAUAUUAUAUGAUUUAGCCAUUCUCAAUCCUGGGACACUGCACAAUUUGGACGUUUUCCUUUUCUAACUAAACUGAUUGAACUCAUUAGCUAUAUUUAGUAGAAUGAUCCAUGAACUGAACUGAUAAAGGAAGCAUCCCAAAUGUGCUGUGUUGGGGUACUCCAGGACCAAGAUUGGGAAACACUGUUUUAGAAGGUUUUAUCCAUUCGACAUGCAGAACACAUCAGCGGCUGGGUUGGUGAUUGAAGGUUUUGUUAAGGCUUCAUGCCCAUUAGGGGGUAUUUGAAGGGUUCAUAUUCUGUUGUUUAUUGGGCGUAAUUGCCCUGCUGUGUGAAGCUGAUACCUCUCUCUUAUGUUAUGCAUCCAGGCACACUGAGGCAACCGAAGCUCAGCCUCAUUGUUGAGGUGGGGCAAAAGUAUCACACAGGAGUGCUGUAGCACCAUGCUGCUCCUCACUCUGAUCAAGGUCAGGCCAGGGGUAGUGUGAGUGAAAAGUGAAGAUGAAAAAAGGACAAAGAAAGAUGUAAUGUAUUUCUUUUCACAGCAAGACUAAGCCUGCCACAAAUCCUUACCUGAAAUGGCUCGGUGGCUAACACACUGCUACGAACACGAAGCGCAACCGAGAGGCCUGAUAGGAAAUAUUAUUAAGCAAUGGAAUAGCCCAUAAAGAGACUGCGCAGACUGCCAACACCAAAGCUUAUCAAAACAGGUUCACUGUGGUGGCACUUUCAUGGUGCUCAUAUGGGUCAACGGACUCAGCAAAUACAUUUUUGGAGUGUUUUCAUUGGUUCACUCCACUUUUCUUUCUCACCUCUCUAUUGGUAUUCUGGACUGUGAUACAUAGGACCGUGGUAACGUAAGCUGUUUACCACAACUGGAAGUAUUUUAAAUGUAGUGGGCUCCCACUGUUAUGGAGAACAUGGAAAUAUCAUGGCAUUUUCUAAUUGUGAUUUGCAAGCCUGGAAAAGUCUUGGAAUGUAAUAAAAUUGAAAAAGAAAAUAUCCAUAUUUACUUUUAAGCUCAGCUUGAAAAUAUUACAUCGCCAAGAAAUUGCUCUCUUUGCCGGUGCAAUCUCUAUAAUAUGAUUUACUUUUUCAGUGAUCAUGAAUUGCUAGAAAUGGAAAAGUCAUGGAAAUUCUUUGUUCAAACGGGGUGGGGACCCCGAGUGCUAUUUUGCCAGUCAGUGAUCAUUUUUGUAUGUUGGGUAUAAUCUGAUAACAAAAUAAUGACACUGUAAUCUGAAAAAAGUAGUGUAAUCCAUCACAUUUUAAAUUCUUGUAAUCAGAUUACUGACUUGUUGGUGACUUUUAAGUACUUGGGUUACACACAUUUCUAAAACAAUAUUUUAUGUAGAAUAAAGUACCC